AUGUACGCCGAAAUCUUAAUUCAAGAGUUAUGGAAUUACGAUAUUGGUUGGGAUGAACCUAUUGGUAAAAAAUGUGAAGAAAAGUGGAGAAGGUUUUAUUUAGAACUACCACAGCUAUCAACUUUUCAAAUUCGGCGUUUUGUUUUGUGUUCCAGUCCAUCUCUUAUAGAAAUUCAUGGGUUUUCUGACGCUUCAGAGAAGGCCUAUUGUGCAGUGAUAUAUGUAAAAUCUUCAAGUGAUCAAGAAGUGCAAGUAAAUAUUUUAGCUGCCAAAACUAGAGUAGCACCGCUGAAGUCCCAGUCUCUUCCGCGGCUUGAGCUUUGUGCUGCUUUACUGCUAUCAAACCUUUUACAAGUUGUUUGUACCCAUAUUGAAAUUCCCUUUGAUCAUAUCUAUGCUUGGACAGAUUCGCGUGUCCCAUUGUCAUUUAUUAACUCUGAACCACGUCGCUGGCAACCAUUUGUUGCAAAUCGUGUAGCCAAAAUUCAAGAUGCCAAUCCUAGUGUUUCGUGGAAAUUUGUAGCUGGAGCAGAGAAUCCAGCCGACUGUGGAACUGGAGGAAAGCUACCAUCAGAGUUUUUGAGGAGUUCAUUGUGGUUGCACGGACCUCAAUGGCUCAAACAACCUAUUGAAAUUAUUGAACCAAAGGUAGUCAUUGACUCAAACGUAAGUGAAACUGUGCUCAAGGAGGAGAAGAAAGGCUACAAUUCUUGUGUGUCAAAAUUUCAAGAGCCAGAAUUAAGUACAAAAUAUUCAUCGUGGUGA